UCCAGCCCCGCCUGACCCGUCUGUGCAGCCUCCCGCGCCGGGUUCCUGCCCGGGCCGCCCACCCCCCCGCCUGCCCGAUGCCGAGGCAUGGCUAGCGCUGCCGCCGGGCGCGCCGAGCCGAUGGUGGAGCGGAAGGAGCGGCGGGGCGGGCAGGCGGCGGCCGGCGGCGGCCGGGCAGAGGCGGGACCCGCCGCCCCCCGGGCCGCCCUGCAGCAGUGCGGGCAGCUGCAGAGCCUCAUCGACAUCUCGCUGUCCAGCCUGCGCGGCCUCCGCACCAAGUGCGCGGCGUCCAACGACCUCACCCAGCAGGAGAUCCGGACCUUGGAGGUGAAAUUGGUCCGGUACAUCAACAGACAGCGGCAGUGUAAGCUGAGCGUGCCCCUGAAUGACAGGACAGUGGAGCUCAACAGCUACCCAAGAUUCAAUGACUGGUUAGACCUCGUCAAUGUAAAGAAAGAAGUUGUACAGAGAAUCCCAGAGGAGCUAACCCUAGAUGCCUUACUGGAUAUGAAUGAGUCCAAGGUGAAAGAAACCAUGAAGAGAUGUGGGGCCAGUGACGAGGAGUGUUCCAGACUCAAUGGGGCUCUCACCUGCUUAAGGAAGGUGACCGAAUCAGGUGGGGAGUUAAAAGAAGAUCUGUUGUGGAAUCCUUCUGAUGCGCGUCGAGAGAGCACCUCUGCACACCCCGCAGAACCCUCCUGUCCUACAGGCCCCACGUGGACUCAUGGCAUGCUGCAUCUUUCGAAGGGCAACAGCCAGCAGGCACGCUCUGUGUCUGUGUCUGCUAUACCUUCUUCAGAUUCCCUUGCCUCGAGCCAAGGACCUUCAAGCUACACAGACAGCUUCCUGGAACCUUUAGCCUUCCCCUCCCACAGUGGUCGAGUAGUAUUUAGGACUCCUCACAGCAUCACCAUCACACCGCCCACGACGCCUCAGUUAAAGAGGCGUCACAAAUUGAAACCUCCACGGACUCCCCCUCCGCCUUGCCGGAAGGUUUUUCAGCUGCUACCAAACUUUCCAACCCUCACAAGAAGCAAGUCCCAUGAAUCACAGCUGGGCAACAGGAUAGAUGAAGUUCCUCCUGUAAAGUUUGAUCUUCCCCAGGGAUCCCCUCAGAUGGUACGAAGAGACAUCGGCAUAUCCGUAACACACAGAUUCUCUACGAAAUCUUGGUUAUCUCAGAUGUGCCACGUGUGUCAGAAAAGCAUGAUGUUCGGCGUGAAGUGUAAGCACUGCAGAUUAAAGUGUCAUAACAAAUGUACUAAAGAGGCCCCUGCUUGCAGAAUAUCUUUCCUUCCUAUAGCGAAAAUAAGAAGGACGGAGUCUGUCCCUUCUGAUAUUAAUAACCCAGUGGAUAGACCUGCAGAGCCGCAGUUUGGAACCCUUCCAAAAGCACUAACGAAAAAGGAUCAUCCCCCAGCAAUAAACCAUCUAGACUCCAGCAGUAAUCCAUCUUCUACAACCUCCUCCACGCCAUCUUCUCCAGCACCUUUCCAGUCUUCCAAUCCUCCCAGCGCAACGACUCCCCCAAAUCCCUCCCCCAUGGGCCAGCGGGACUGCCGGUUUCACUUUCCAGCUGCCUACUACAUUCAACAUAGACAACAGUUUAUCUUCCCAGAAAUCCCCAGCCCCCCACAAGUAAUACAGCCGCCUGAAACAGCUGAAGACACUAAUGCUGAUGAACAGCUGGACACAGAGGGGGUUGAAGAACCUGAUGCAGAGGUGGAAGAGCAAGAGCCGAAUAAAUCGGAACCGGAGGACGAUGAGGACGAGUUAGACGACUUGCCCAGCAAGCGGCCACACUGGAAAGGGAUGAUCUCCCGCAAGGCCAGCCAGACCAGCGUCUACUUGCAGGAGUGGGACAUUCCCUUUGAACAGAUUGAGUUGGGGGAGCUCAUCGGCCAAGGGCGAUGGGGGAAGGUUUACCGGGGGAAAUGGCACGGAGAGGUGGCCAUCAGGCUGUUGGAGAUCGAUGGGAACAAUCAGGACCAUCUCAAGCUCUUUAAGAAGGAGGUGAUGAAUUACAGGCAGACCCGACACGAGAACGUGGUGCUCUUCAUGGGGGCGUGCAUGCACCCCCCUCAUUUAGCCAUUAUUACCAGCUUUUGCAAAGGAAGGACACUUCACUCAUUUGUAAGGGAUCCCAAGGUAUCUUUGGAUAUUAACAAAACCAGGCAGAUAGCUCAAGAAAUCCUUAAGGGCAUGGGGUAUCUUCAUGCAAAGGGGAUUGUGCAUAAAGAUUUGAAGUCCAAGAAUGUUUUCUAUGACAAUGGCAAAGUGGUGAUCACAGACUUUGGACUAUUCGGAAUUUCGGGUGUGGUUCAGGAAGGAAGGCGUGAAAAUGAACUGAAACUGCCCCAUGACUGGCUGUGCUAUCUGGCCCCUGAAAUUGUUCGUGAGAUGUCUCCUGGGAAAGACGAAGACAAGCUGCCCUUCUCCAAGGCUGCAGACGUCUAUGCUUUCGGGACGGUUUGGUAUGAGCUCCAAGCAAGAGAAUGGCCUUUCAAGAGCCAGCCAGCUGAAGCACUCAUCUGGCAGAUCGGAAGCGGAGAAGGAGUGAAGCAUGUCCUUGCUACAGUUAGUUUAGGGAAAGAAGUCAGCGAAAUCCUCUCAGCAUGUUGGUCUUUAGACCUCAGCGAGAGACCCAGCUUUACUCUCCUCGUGGAUAUGCUUGAAAAACUGCCAAAACUGAACAGACGGCUGUCGCAUCCUGGACACUUCUGGAAAUCUGCAGACAUUAACAGUAGCAAAGUUGUCCUUCGUUUUGAAAGAUUUGGCUUGGGAAUCCUGGAAUCAAGUAAUCAAAAGAUAUAGCAUGGUGUGUAAUUAUCUUGUUGAUAUUGUUGUCUACCUGCUUACACACAUCAGAAACCUUCACGGCAUCUUCCGAACUCUGAAACUGGUGCAGCCCUACCUGAAAGCCACACGACCCCUCCGUUCAAACUGGCGUAUGUUGUUUCUGAAGUCUGAGUUCUGCCUAAGCACCAGCAAUUAUUUAAAAAAUGUUUACAUCAUAUGUUUCUCUGUGAGCUAUAUUUUUUUAACAUGAUGAUGAUGAUGAUGAUGAUGAUAAUAAAGGUGAUUUAAGAUUUUUCUUUAAGUGCAAGCAUUCAAAUGGCACUGAAAAGAACUGUUCCCCCAGUUCUUCGUUGCAUCUGUGGAGUAACUAAGGGCUAAUUUCUGCACUGCAAAUCAUGCACAGAGUUUCCACUGAAGCUAAUCGAGGUUGCACAUGUCAGAGAAUGGCUAGCUUUAAAUCACUAAUGCAGCCAAUUCAAGUGAGAAGGAAUGGAGUUAUGGCCCCAUUGUGUCUCCAUAAGGAAGCUUCUAAAAGAACGUUAGAUUUUUAUUUUAUUGAAAGGAAAUGCAUGUAUUGUGUUUAUGGUUUGGGCAAACUUAAUAAACUCUUGAUUACUGAU